AUGGCUUCGCGAUACUCGCUCCGCGCAAAGACGCGCGAGAUCCGCUACAAUGAGCCCCAAUGCCUCGACGACAUUGACACCGACGACGAAUUGUACGAGUCGUCCGACGACCCUCCCAGCACGCCGACCCCCCUUGGUAAGUCGGGCAAGCAGGUCUGCACCAUGCUCGGCGGCAGCCCGCGCGGAAGGAUCAAGGGCACUCGCGCCGGGAACCGCCACAACAAGACGAAACGCCCCGGCUCGCCCAACCUGAAGAAACCUCGCCCGAAGGUCGCGCGCCUCCUCCGAUUCUCUCCCGUUAGAAAGAACAAGCGCGAAUCCCACCAGCAACUCCCGCCCUGCGGCAGCAUGUCCCAACCCGCGAUGCACCACGGACUCAUGGCGCAAUCUUCGCUCGACGGCUACGGAGACAACAUGGGAGGUAGCAGCCACUUGAUGCUUCCCUCGAUGGCAACUUGUUUAGUUCCCGCCUCGCACUUUAGCUUCGGAUACCAGCCCGGCUACACUAACAACAUCGGCGACUCCCUGCUCGCCAAGCCUCCUGUAGCUCCCGCUCAAGCAGCCCCUUUUGCCGCAGCCCACGGCGCGUUGAAGCAUCCUAACGGUACAGACAUCGGCAUUGCGCCAUUCAGUUGCGACGUCAUGAGCAAGAUUGACCCGAGACUCCUCGCUCCGGCUGCGCAAGUUACGCAGUAUCACCAGGGCGGGCUUGGUUCCAUGCCCGUCGACGACUCCCUGUAUGGACGCUCGACUCUGCCGGCUGCUUCUGACGGUUAUGGCACCUCGAACGGCUAUGUGAAUGGCUACACGAAUGGCUACUCGAACGGCUGCAAGCCAUUUAAAAACUACGGCCAGGGACACGGUGACAGCAACCUGCCGACCGCCUUGGCCGACGUGGACAUUUCAGGUUUGUCGAGUGGCCUCGAUUUCGCAAAUGGCUAUGGCUCCACCUCUCUUUAUCAUCGUCAGAGCAAUGAAUAUGCGGCAGCCAAUGCCUACCAGCCCUGCGCCAGCAACCUGCCCUUCGCCAGCAACGCGCCAGCUGUCAACCAGUUAACCUGGUACCCGGCGAACUUUUCGUCGACCAACUCUGCGCAGCAACUCGCCUUCUGUUACCCAACCCCACCCGCUAAACGCUUCAUCAAGGCCGUUGCUUCACCUGGCCUAUUUACAGGCCGCUUCGUGACCUCCAUUGCUGGACUUGAAGACCCAUUCGUCGACACCCCGCCGCCGAAGCGAGAAUUGUACACCGUUGCCGGCUUUGCGCCUGUUUCCAGUCCGACUCCAGUUUGCCACGAGCAUGAGCAGGCCCCGAAUUUGGCGGACAUGGACCAGCUUACAUUCGACGAGCGGCUGAUCGACCCCCGGCUCUUGAAGACAGCUGGAUUUCCCAGCGCCCUGCACCGUGACAGCCACCGUCACCCAUUCCCAACCUUGCCCGUGUAUGACUUUGGGACGACCCAGAACCAGUAUCUGACGAUUCCAUCAGCUUUGAGCAACGACGUGGCGCUCGACAACAUGAGCACGAUUGCUCAGUUCAACAGGGAGGACAAGGAGGACGACGAGGACAAGGAGGACGAUGACGACGAAGCGACCGUGAUCCAGUCCCCCGACCGCGAGCGCGCUAGCAGCCCGGCCGCCGCCUCCGACCCCGGCGACUCCGGCAAAGAAAACCGCCCGCACCCUCCCGUCGGCAGCGACUCCGACUCGGACACCGCCGUCACCGAGGAAGCAUACGGAAACGACACUGACAACGAGCAGGAGGAGGAGGAGGGGGGCGAAGAGGAGGACUCCGCCUCGGGCGCCGACGACGACAACGCCCCCGCGCCCGCGGUCCCGCACCAGCCCCUUGUGCCCCCCUCCGAAAUCCACAACCCAGACGUCAACCCAGCCGCCGCCUUCUGGCGACCCGCCCCCAACCUCCAUCAUCAGCAGCCGCACCCGGUGGCACCCGUUAGCAUCCACUCGACCCCUCCAAUCCCGCUCUUCGACACAGACCCAGCGCAGCCCUUCGCGCCGUGGCGCGCCUCGCUCCUCCCGCCCUUCCGCCCGGAGCCGACCGACCGCGUGCUGCUCGUGCCGGCGCGCUUCCUGGCCGCCCUCGGCGCGCUCUACCCGGGCGCCACCUUCGCGGUGGCGCGGCACCCGGCGUCGGCGGGCUUCGCGGUGCGCGCGACGGGGCGGGAGCUCGCGCUCGGCGUCGCGCUGCAUUUCCCCGCGCUGGGGCGCGCGGCGAUUCAGGGGGAGGUGGUGGGGCAGGAGGACAUGCAUGACUUGCAUGAGGGGGAGGGGGAGGGGGAGAAAGGUGAAGUGAAGUACAUCGUCAGCCUGCGCCGGCGUGACUGGCCGUCCGGCGGGGUCGCGUGGCUGCCGCACACGCCGGCGGCGUGCGCGUGGGUGCGCGAGGUGAGGGAGGUGUUUGACGUGCUGCCCGGCGGGGCCGAGGCGUUCUACUUCGUGCCGCACCGCGCGCCGGUGCGGGGCCGGGGUGGUCGCCGCGGCAGCGGCGGCGGACAGGGCGGAGAAACGGCGGUGGUCAAGGGCAUGUGGGUGUGCCGCGCGUACGAGGGGCGGCGGGGCCCGCAGGACCCGCGGGUCAUCCUGGACUGGGUGCGGCAGGGCGGCCGCGCCGUGCGGGAGGACCAGCUCGGCCGCCAGGUGCUCUGCCGCAUGGGCGAGGCGUGGGUCUGGCCGGAGCAGUAUCCCAAGAUGACGAAGGCCGAGCGGGAGGCCAAGGAGAGGGAGACGCGGGAGGCGAAGCGGAUGAGGAUGGACGACACGGCGGAUGGGGAGUGA